GCAGAUCAGGGGUUUAUUCAGCAGACAACCGUUUGCUCCACUCCAAUUCUCACAUAAAGGUAUACCACACAGGUAUAUACUAUACAGGUAUACUAUACAGGUAUAUACUAUACAGGUAUAUACUAUACAGGUAUAUACUAUAGUAUACAACACAGGUAUAUACUAUACAGGUAUACUAUACAGGUAUAUACUAUACAGGUAUAUACUAUACAGGUAUAUACUAUAGUAUACAACACAGGUAUAUACUAUACAGGUAUACUAUACAGGUAUAUACUAUACAGGUAUAUACUAUAGUAUACCACACAGGUAUAUACUAUACAUGUAUACUAUACAGGUAUAUACUAUACAGGUAUAUACUAUACAGGUAUAUACUAUAGUAUACAACACAGGUAUAUACUAUACAGGUAUACUAUACAGGUAUAUACUAUACAGGUAUAUACUAUAGUAUACCACACAAGUAUAUACUAUACAGGUAUACUAUACAGGUAUAUACUAUACAGGUAUAUACUAUAGUAUACCACACAGGUAUAUACUAUACAGGUAUACUAUACAGGUAUAUACUAUACAGGUAUAUACUAUACAGGUAUAUACUAUAGUAUACCACACAGGUAUAUACUAUACAGGUAUACUAUACAGGUAUAUACUAUACAGGUAUAUACUAUACAAGUAUAUACUAUAGUAUACCACGCAGGUAUAUACCACACAGGUAUAUACUAUACAGGUAUAUACUAUACAGGUAUAUACUAUAGUAUACCACACAGGUAUAUACUAUACAGGUAUACUAUACAGGUAUAUACUAUACAGGUAUACCAUACAGGUAUAUUCCAUACAGGUAUAUACUAUACAGGUAUAUACUAAACAGGUAUAUACUAUACAGGUAUACCAUACAGGUAUAUACUAUACAGGUAUACACCAUACAGGUAUAUUCUAUACAGGUAUAUACUAUACAGGUAUACACCAUACAGGUAUACACCAUACAGGUAUAUACUAUACAGGUAUACACCAUACAGGUAUACACCAUACAGGUAUAUACUAUACAGGUAUACACCAUACAGGUAUAUACUAUACAGGUAUACACCAUACAGGUAUACACCAUACAGGUAUACACCAUACACCAUACAGGUACAUACUAUACAGGUAUACUAUGCAUGUAGAAACCAUACAGGUAUAUACAAUGCAGGUAACUAUAGGUAUAUACUAUACAGGUAUAUACUAUGCAGUAUACCUGCAUAUACUAUGCAGGUAUACUAUACUGGUAUAUACUAUAGAGAUAUAUACCAUACAGGUAUACUAUAAAGGUAUAUACUAUACAGGUAUACUAUACAGGUAUACUAUGCAGGUAUAUACCAUACAGGUAUAUUAUACAGGUAUAUACCAUACAUGUAUCCUAUGCAGGUAUAUACUAUGCAGGUAUAUACCAUACAUGUAUACUAUACAGGUAUAUACCAUACAGGUAUACUAUACAGGAAUAUACUAUGCAACUCUACAGGUAUUCUAUACAGGUAUAUACUAUACAGGUAUAUACCAUACAUGUAUACUAUGCAGGUAUAUACCACACAGGUAUAUACUAUACAGGUAUACUAUACAGGUAUAUACCAUACAUGUAUCCUAUACAGGUAUAUACUAUACAGGUAUAAUAUGCAGGUAUAUACUAUACAGGUAUAUACCAUACAGGUAUACUAUACUGGUAUAUACUAUAGAGAUAUAUACCAUACAGGUAUACUAUACAGGUAUAUACUAUACAGGUAUACUAUACAGGUAUACUAUACAGGUAUAUACCAUACAUGUAUCCUAUGCAGGUAUAUACUAUGCAGGUAUAUACUAUGCAGGUAUAUACCAUACAUGUAUACUAUACAGGUAUAUACCAUACAGGUAUACUAUACAGGAAUAUACUAUGCAACUCUACAGGUAUACUAUACAGGUAUAUACUAUACAGGUAUAUACCAUACAUGUAUACUAUGCAGGUAUAUACCACACAGGUAUAUACUAUACAGGAAUACUAUACAGGUAUAUACCAUACAUGUAUCCUAUACAGGUAUAUACUAUACAGGUAUACUAUGCAGGUAUAUACCACACAGGUAUAUACUAUACAGGUAUACUAUACAGGUAUAUACUAUACAGGUAUAUACCAUACAGGUAUACUAUACAGGUAUAUACUAUGCAGGUAUAUACCAUACAGGUAUACUAUACAGGUAUAUAAUAUGCAGGUAUAUACUAUACAGGUAUACUAUACAGGUAUACUAUGCAGGUAUACAAUACAGGUAUAUACUAUGCAGGUAUAUACUAUUCCGGUAUAUACUAUGCAUUUAUAUACUAUACAGGUAUAUACUAUGCAGGUAUAUACUAUUCAGGUAUAUACUAUGCAUUUAUAUACUAUACAGGUAUAUACUAUGCAGGUAUAUACUAUACAGGUAUAUACCAUACAUGUAUAUUAUGCAGCUAUACUAUACAGGUAUACUAUACUACACCUAUUCACUCCACUCAACAUCAUGAUCGUUUGAAAUGUUAACAAGGUUCCUCACCACAGUUGAACUUAGACACUUCACACAGGCUGUAUCUCAAUGGUCUUCAGCUGUUUCCUUUCCUCAUCUCCUUCCCUUCGUCUACACUACAUCGAUACAGAACUGGACGAGUGUAAGCACGUUCCCAGUACGCUUUCCCUUACACUGCAGUACGCCUUCCCUUACACUGCAUCUACCUGUUCAUGCGUUCACGUCCAUGCAUUGAUGGCCAAUAAGAGCUUGGAAUAAAUUGACCAAUUAGAGAGAAGGUUGUUGGUUCGGUGCGUGAGUACAGGAGUACAGGUAAUGGGUGUAAUGCUCAAUGGGGCCGGUGUGUUUACGCAUGUGAGUAAACACACCCACUGUAAAUCAUG